CAGUCAAAGUUUCAACGCGAUGGCGAAAACGCGCAUGAAGUAUGCUUCCGAUACUCUCGCGAUUAAGAGUCUCGAGAAGCUCAAGAGCUACUUUGCCUUUCACGGACUCCUUUGCAUGAACGCCGAUGAUGUGCUCUGGCAAUCGGACAGCUGAUACGACAUCUUGACGUGGUCAUCUCCCUGGAGUCACAGAACGAUACCUCUUUGGACGAUUUUCGAAACUCCCUCAUUGCAUGGGAAGAAGAAUCCAACAGGAUGCCCCUCUUUGCUCACCUCGAGACAUUUCAUCUCACCGUCAAACACUACGAGGAGACAAUUCUUGGACCGAGGGGCAAGAAUCUUCCCGUCGGAUCGAUUUUCUGGCCUGUCAUUGAAGGUAUAUUUUCCCUCUGCUCAGCUCGACAUGUCAGAUUUAUCCAAAUGAUGGCGCUUAAACCGCAACCUUGCAAGUUUUGUGGCUUUCGGUGCCAAUGCCCAACAGCCCAUUUUCGACAUGGCUACGAUCGCGGUAUGGGGGAUUGGACACCUGAGGGAAGUCGAAUCGAAAAGAUCCUCUCCCGAUGGCCUCUAGAAACGUAUGAUCUUCCCUUCUUGCCAAAGCAACUGCCUAUCCAGGGUAUGAGGAUGACGGCCAGUGGACAAUUUGGCAGGGUUCAUCCUGUUUCGUUCCUCUUCAACGGAGAUGAGACCACCAAGGAACAUGACUUUGACGAGUAUCUCGCCAAAUUCGUCCAACACAUGAAAGAGAAGAAGGCACAUUCUCGACGCUGGAGGAGGAGGUUCGAGAGAACUGGACCGAAGUGGUAUUGCUCAGGUAUGACCGUCGCCCAACAAGUCUACUUCGGAGAUCACUGGGUAGAUGCGGUGUACCGACUCACCCUGCCCAAAGGAAUGAGCCGAGAGCAAUUGUGCGGGGCGUUUGAGGCGCAUAUUGUAGGUGGAUAUGCUCCAUUCCAAUUGGAUUCAGGCAAAGCUUGGAGACAGUGGACGUCGACAGGCCAGUAGCGGGUGCUGUUGGCGAUGAGGCUCUGAGCUUGUAGGGAUGUGUAGCUUGACGUGCCUCUGUAGCCGUAUUUGGCCAUGCAUGAGUGUUAGCGCC